AUGGCCAAGCCAGGUUGGUCCCAGCGCCGGGAUAACUUCACAGUGGAGCAAAGAGAAAUAAACCCCAACCACCAUCCCAUGCGCCCACAUGAUGCGGCCGGGGCUGGGCGAGGCGGCGGGCAGGCGGCAUGGCCCCCCCCGGGGGCCGAGGCGGAGGCGGCGGCGUUGGGGUCGGGAUCCCGAGGGUCCGGUUGUGGGGCGGCGUCGGGGCUCCCUAAGGAGGCGCCGAAGGGCUGGGCGGCGGGGCGUCGUUCGCGGGUGGGGAGCAGCGGCCGCCGUCUGCUCUGCAUGUGCAGCCUCUCGCUGUGCCUGACCUACGCCUGCUACAGCCUCAUGGCCGGGGGGGCCCCCCUCGAGCCCCAGGGACCCCCGCCCGCCUCCGGCCCACGCAGCCCGGCCCCGCCUCGCCCCUCCGCCGCCAGCCCCGGCCCCGACCCCUCGCCCGCCCCCAGCGGGGAGCCCCCCAGGCAGCCCGGCCCCGGGACCCCCAGCCCUUCCCCGCCUCCCGAGGCCACGCCGGGGAGCCCCUCGGAGGAGCCCGGGGAGAAGCGUCUGCCGCAGGCGCUGAUCGUGGGCGUCAAGAAGGGCGGCACCCGCGCCCUCCUCGAGGCCCUCCGCGCCCAUCCCGACGUCCGCGCCGUCGGCACCGAGCCCCACUUCUUCGACCGCCACUUCCACCGGGGCCUCGCCUGGUACAGGGACCUGAUGCCCAAGACUCUGGAAGGGCAGCUGACCAUGGAGAAGACCCCGAGCUACUUUGUCACCAAUGAAGCACCAAAGCGGAUCCAUGCUAUGGCCAAGGACUCCAAGCUGAUCGUGGUGGUGCGGGACCCAGUCACCCGGGCCAUUUCGGACUACACUCAGACCCUCUCCAAGAAGCCCGAGAUCCCCACCUUUGAGGUGCUGGCCUUCAAGAACCGGACCCUGGGGCUGAUAGAUGCUUCCUGGAGUGCCAUUCGCAUCGGGAUCUAUGCCCUGCACCUGGAGAGCUGGCUUCAGUACUUCCCACUCUCCCAGAUCCACUUUGUCAGUGGGGAGAGGCUGAUCACCGAUCCGGCCGGGGAGCUGGCCAAGGUGCAGGACUUCUUGGGCCUCCGGAGGGUUGUGACGGAGAAGUAUUUCCACUUCAACACCACCAAGGGCUUCCCCUGCCUCAAGAAGCCCGAGGACAGCGCCGGCACCCCCCGCUGCCUUGGGAAGUCCAAGGGACGGCCUCACCCCAAAAUCGACCGAGAUGUGAUCCAGCGGCUGCGGAAGUUUUACAAGCCAUUCAACGUCAUGUUCUACCAAAUGACAGGCCAGGAUUUCCAGUGGGAGCAGGAAGAUGGUGAAAAGUGACACUGGGGCAGGAAAAGAGAAACCAGCUCCUCUCCGGAGAGAUGCGUCCAGAGAAGGCAAGGAAAGUGCCUGACUUUCCUUCCCUGAGAUCCAGGACCACCACACUUCUGCCACAAUGACUGGGGAAGAUUUUUCUUGAGGAACUAAAGCUGCUGCCAAGCCAUGGUCCUUCUUGGGACAUGGGACGUCGGCCCCCACACCCGGCUCCCACCUUCCUCUGCCACUGGAGCUGGAGGGCAGAGACUGGCCAAGGGCAGCUCCCUGUGGGCACCUUCUCACCUUUAGUUCAGCUGAGGCCGAGAGGAGAGACCUCUGGGCAAACAAGGCCAGGAGCCCCGCAGCCUCUGCAGGGGCCCAUGUCCCACUCCGAACCGUUCGCAGGGAGCCACCCAUCAGUGGUACCAGAUGAAGAGGAGGAGAAGAGGAAGAAGAGCCAAGCCAUUUCACCCAUCCUGCUGCUGCACCACAUUUUCAGAGGUUUAUUUUUGAUACAGGUUGAACUACCAACAAUGGGAUGAAGGCUCCAAAAAGCCAGAGGGGUCUCUCCAGUGGUGGUCCCACUCAGUGGCUCCUGAAUCCCGACGUUCUGCUUUUCCUCCCAAGCACAAAGCCUGAGGCUGGUUUGCUGCCCCCCUUCUCCCUGGAUGGUGGGCAUCGGGGCUCUUCUCUUUUGGGGGGGGCAUGGGGAAACUGGGCACUUCUCCCUUUAGCAAGAGCUGGGGGCCAGGGGGUGUUGGGUGGAUGCCCCUCCACCAGCCCCACCUAAGAGCCCCCUCUUCUCCCACCCCACUGCCCUCACCCUACUCUUCUGCUCCAAAAAGCCCAUCAGUCUUUGGGGGAAGUCACUGCCUCAGAAAGCAUUUGGCUAAAUUUUUGUUUUUCAUCUCCCCUCUUUAAAUGUCAGCACUCCCAGCACGCAGGAGAUUGAAUUUUUGUAUUUGAUUUCAAUUAGCAAAGCAUAAAUUAUAUUUAAUUUUCUACACACAAAGACUGGAUGAGUCAUUGUCCUGGAAAUCCAGGGAUAUUAUAGUACAGAGACUUGACGGCGGAAGAGAGUUCUGGUGCUCCAAGCACAAAGGCUCGGCUGGGGCAGCCAUCAUCCAUCCGUAUCCUCGGCCCAGAGAGAUUGGUCUGCCGGCUGGAGUCAAACCUCACAGAAACAAUAAAAACCUUCCAACAGCA